AGGAAGUAUAGCGGAUGUCGUUGCCCGAAAACUGUAGUAGCGUCCGUGGUGAGAAGAUAUAUUCUCUUCUGGUUAUCCAUUGUGGUUUCUUCGACGUGUUCGAGUUAGUUCAAUACAGAUGUUGAAUAUUUUUACGAAUCAUUUUUUUUCUUUUUUGAUUUAAGUGUUAAACGUAAGAACUAAUAUAUAUUUUCAAAUUACGAAGGAGAGAUUAAUUGCAACAUAAGCGUAUGGUAUACGGCUGAGAAAAUUACAUCACGAGGAAGGCAGCAGAGUUAAUUGAAGAUAUGGAUUCGUUGACAUAUGAAUUUUAAACAGCUGCUUUUAAAAAUGUUCAUCUCCUAUCUUAUUUAUAAAUCAUCCUAUUAGGAUAUUUAAUGUCAUUGUAAUCAGCUGUAUAUAAAUAUUUUUACAAUGUCAACCAAUACUCAAUUCUCAAAUCUUUCUCCGGCCAUAAGUCUGCCUAAUAUGUCAGUACCGCCACCAUCUGCGCCAAAUUUAUCUGCUCCACCUCCAAAUUUAACUACUAUAAACACCUCUGGGAGUUAUCAACAUCGUUAUACAAAUCAUAGAGAUGGAAAUCGUGGCUUUUUUAAACCAUUCAGACCAUAUCAUGCCCCUAAAGUUGUGGCUGGUGGUCAAGAUACUUUACAAGAUGAAUUUGAUGGAAAAAGACUUAGAAAAUCUGUUAUGCGAAAGACUGUUGAUUAUAAUUCCGCUAUUAUUAAAAGUUUGGAGAAUCGUGUAUGGCAAAGAGAUUAUAGGGAUAGACGUGCUCUUCAACCAGAUGUCAUAUAUUAUCCUGAUCUUCUUCCACCUCCAAGUUAUGUUGAUAAUCCAAUUAAUGCAGUCACUACAAGAUUUGUAAAGACUGCAACAAAUAAAAUGCGUUGUCCAAUAUUUUGUAUGGCAUGGACACCAGAAGGUAGACGUUUAGUCACUGGUGCAUCAAGUGGCGAAUUUACCUUGUGGAAUGGUCUUACAUUUAAUUUUGAAACUAUUCUUCAGGCACACGACAGUCCUGUAAGAACAAUGGUUUGGUCUCAUAACGAGAGCUGGAUGGUGACAGGAGAUCAUGCAGGUUAUGUCAAAUAUUGGCAGAGCAACAUGAACAAUGUCAAGAUGUUUCAAGCACACAAAGAAGCAAUUAGAGGACUCAGUUUCAGUCCAACGGAUCAUAAACUGGCUACCUGUAGUGAUGAUGGUACUGUCAGGAUUUGGGACUUCCUACGCUGUCACGAAGAACGAAUUCUUAGGGGUCAUGGUGCAGAUGUGAAAUGUGUACAUUGGCACCCUCAAAAAAGUCUAGUCAUCUCAGGAAGCAAAGAUAAUCAGCAACCUGUGAAGCUUUGGGAUCCAAAGAGUGGACAAUCACUUGCCACCCUACAUGCACAUAAAUCAACUGUAAUGGAUAUCAAGUGGAAUGAGAAUGGUAAUUGGCUAGUGACUGCAUCGCGAGAUCAUUUGCUUAAAUUAUUUGAUCUCAGAAAUCUCAAUCAAGAAGUCCAAACUUUUCGUGGUCAUAAAAAAGAGGCAUCUAGCGUUGCAUGGCAUCCAAGUCAUGAGGGACUUUUUUGUAGCGGCGGUAGUGAUGGUGCAAUACUCUUUUGGCAUGUCGGAGCUGACAAAGAGGUUGGUGCAAUAGAACAAGCUCAUGAUAGUAUAGUAUGGACAUUAGCAUGGCAUCCAUUGGGACAUAUUUUAUGUUCUGGUAGUAAUGAUCAUACUUCUAAGUUUUGGACACGUAAUCGACCUGGUGAUCUCAUGAGAGAUAAAUACAAUCUCAAUACAUUACCUGCGGGAACAGCAGGAGUUGAUGAUCAUGAAAUAGCUGAUGAAGCAGCAGUAAUACCUGGUAUGGGACCAGAAGAUAGAAUUAAUGCUGACGGUGAGCUAGAAGAUAAAAGUGGAGAAAUACCUGGAUUGGAUUUGGAUCAUGCAGUGGACGAAGGAAAAAAAUUUACUAAUAAAAAAGUUCCAUACAGUAAGCCAAUACCUAGAAAUUUCCAGGCUCAAUGGAAUGAAAUGGAAGCGGAAGAUAUUGAACAAGUAGAAGCAUUAAAUGCUUUUGUAAAUCAAUUAAUUGAAACGACACCAGGAGCUGUACCGUUGAGCGAACUUUCUCCUACCGCUAUUAUAUUAUACGGAAAAAUGAUACCUGUUGAACCUGGUUCAAAAUUGGCGGAAGCAAUUGGUAAAGGAAAUGAUGCCAUAAAUAAACUAGUAUUUUCUGGGGAAAUAGAAGAAUUAAGAGACGUCGUGGGUCCAUUAAAUAGCGUCGAUGAGACGGAAGAUUAUUUACAGGAUGAAGGAGAAAUAGAUUAUUCUAAAGUUCCCGAUAUUGAUCUACCUCCACCCUUACCUAGUUCUAAAUUUGCACAAAAUCCAGAAUUACUUAAAACUUUAAAUCGUGGUGGAAAGAGAAAGUUCGACCAAUUAAUUGGUUGGAGUGAUGGAGGAGCUAGUGAUCGAACUUCAAAAAUUCAUCAACCAGUAUUCGGUGGUGUUAUUACGGAUGAUGUACAAUCAAGUGACGGGGAGACCAGGUACAGUGCCAGUAAAUCGAAUGAUAAUAGUUCCUUCCAAGGUCAAGAUGAGGAUUUAAGAAGGAUUGCACACGGAGAUUCGAGAAGUAUGCAACGGGGUGACGAAGACUUAAGAUAUAACACGUCUAGUGGACCUGGCAGACCAGGAUCUCGAUCGGAAUAUGAUAUAAGAAGUAAUUAUGGAGACAAAGAUUUUAGAAGUAUGAAUUCGCAAGGAUUUCUCUUAAAAAAAUCUUCCGAAAACGAUUUAUACGAUGAUAAGGAACGAGAUGGAUCCCGAUGGGACGAUGAAAAAAUUAUGAGUAGUAGUUCUAGAAAAACGGAUAGUAAUUUUUCAAGCAGUAAUUUUGAUAAACGUGAUAAUAUGCAAUUAAAUAUUGGACCUGGAAUGGGUAGUAAUAUGUCUCAUAUAGGGAAUAAUAUGUCCCACCUACCAAACCAUCAUAAUAUGCAAAAUAUUAAUCCUAAUAUGCCGCUACCAAUUCCGAAUCUCGUUCAGCAUCCAAAUAUGCCUCAGCAUCCUGGUAUGCAAAAUAAAUUGCCUCAUGGAAAUGUUCAAGGAAUGGAUGGUCCAAUGCCACAUAUGAUGCAUCAUCCUGGUAUGCAUCCUGCUUUUGGCCCGAAUGGACCACCUCCACCAGGAGGCUUUGGUCCCAAUUUUAGACCUCCUAAUGGCAACUUCGGUCCGAAUCAACAUUUUAGGCCAAAUCCUAUGCCACCGUUUGGCCCAAAUCAAGGUCCACCUUUCAACAGCAAUUUUCAAGGAACACCUAAUUUUCGAGUACCCAAUUCUGGACCAUCUAAUUUUGAUCGUCCUGGUUUCGGUCCAAAUUUUCGAGGACAAAAUGUCGGCAGUCAAAAUGCACCCAAUCAUUUCAAUUCCAAUUUUGGUAACUUUGGUUGUAACAAAAAUGGACCUAAUCGUGGAAUAAAUCGUGGACCUAACGACAAUAAUAUGGGAAGAAACGGAUAUAACAAUCGUGGCAGGGUACGUGAUAGUGAUCAAUCAAGAGGUACGAGAGGAAGAGACAAUUAUUGAAGUUAUAAUAUAAACAAUGUGUUUACACUCCAAUUAUAUCAAUGAAUUACAUUCUGCCCAUGCAAACGAAAAUCGUACUGGUUGCAUCGGUAUUAUUCAACAUUAUAAUUUUGCCUAAAUGAUAAUGCAUCAUAAGCAGUGCCGUGUAAUAUACUAAUUCAUGUUGGCUGCAUUAUAAUGCCUUACAGAAAUAAUUGAAGCAUUCAUUUGCUCAUUUACGAUUAUGACUUGCAUCAGUGAGGAGUGCAUUCGUCAUUAUAAAAAAAACUUUACUUUCCGUAAUUCAUGAAUUUGAAUAACUGCAGAAUUAAAACUGCUGGUUCAGUGAUUUAUGGAAAAUUGAAAAUUAUAUUAAGGGUGGAUAAACUUAUGUACAGGAUAUCCGCAUUAACAGCAUAAUAUAUGUUCACCUGAUCUAAAUAUUCACUGAUGUAUGAAGAAUACAAAUUUAUAUAUAUAUGUAAAUAUAUAUAUAUAUAUAUAUAUAUAUGUAUAUAUAUAUAUAUAUAUAAUAUUAUAUAGUUGAUAUCAACAAUAAUAUUAUGAUAAAGUGACGUUUACAGCAUUGGUAUGAAGAAAUUUUGGUUCUAUAUGAAUAACUACCGAAAUCAUGAAAAUAACAAUGACAUGUUGCCUGUAAAUGAUUUAAUCAGCGAAUGUGUGAGAAAAAACAAUUUACUUAUUCAUUAUUAAUAAAAUGGAGUAAGGCAUAAGAACUUUUCAUUGAAACAUUGUUCCCAUACUCAUUUGUGCAAGUAAUGAAAUGAGAUCUCAAACUUGAUAAUAAAAAAAAGUAAUAAUGGAUACAAUAAUAAUAUUUAGCGAAAAUAUAUAAUAAUAUGCAUUUACUUUUUUAAAUCUGUUAAGAGCACUGCAAACUAAUAAAUAAUAACUAGACAAAUUAAAAAAAUAACAACACUUUUGUGUACUUUAUUAUAGAAAAAAGAAAAAGAAAAGAAAAAAAGAAAAAAGAAAAUACGAUUUGCAAACUCGUAAUUAAAUUAUUUGCAUACUUCACAAAUAAAUGAUGCAUUAAGAGCUAUCAGAGCGAUAAACUUCUAAUAAAAAUCUGAAACUGCGAUCUUUCAAAAAUAAUUGAAAUUUUAUACAGUAAUUCCUGUAUAUUCAAAAGCAUUUUUCCAAAGUAUUUCAGGCAUUAUUGUAUAAAAUUCUUGUAUUUUUAUUAUCAUCAUCAUCAUUUAUUAUCAUAAUUAUCAUUAUUAUUAUUAUUAGUAUUAUAUUAACUGUAAUAUAUAGCUUAAAAUUAUUUGAAUUAACAAGUUUUAGUUUAUAUUUCUAAUUUAUUCUAUUUUUUAAUUUAUUCAUUACUUCUUGCUCGAUGUUUGUGUGGACAUAAUUCAGCAACAGGUAUGGACAUAAUUCCAUUAUGUUACAACCAUAAUUGCGCUAGAAACGCAAUAGGGAACACUUGUUCCCAUUAUACACCCACUGUAUCCGUGUAUAAGAUCGAGUAGAUUAAUCUGUCUUAACAUGCAACCAAAUAAUUGAGAUAAUGCAUGACAGAAAUUUUUUUAUUUAAUAAGAAUAAUAGUACAUCUAACAAAAGUAAGAAAAAAUCAUAUGUCAGAUUAUACUUCUCGAUGAUCUAGCCUGUUAAAUAAGAAGAAGAGAUUUAGAAUUAGAUUUUGUAAAUUUAUUAAUUAUCAUUAAAAUUAUAGUGAUAACUCUUUUAUAAUUUUUAAUGUUAAUAGAAUAUUAUUUAUAAUUUUUGUAUAAACAAUUCGAUAAGGAAUACUUUCUAAUGAUAGGCUUUUGCAUCCUAUUUUACUUGUACGAAAAAAUAUUACUUUAGAAUAUUUUUAAGUCUAAUCUUAUCUUUAUCUGUUGUAGAACGAUUAGCAAUGAGAAUAUUUUAAUUUCUAGAUAAAUAUGAAAAAAAAAAACUAGUUUUGAAACGCGUAAAGAUAUGGAACCAUUGUCUCUUGGUAGUACUUAGCGUUAUAUGAUUUACAAUUAGACUUUGCAACUAACACCGACCAAGGUCUUACUACGUAGAAGUUGCUGCAUAUGGAGACUCACGGACUAACGCUGACCCUACUCUAAAAUCCACGUUCCGCGAUACCGAUCCGUAUUCAGCUUCGGGUGUUUUCAGGCUUCUUAAUUAACAGGAGAUAUAUUGGACACCACUUACAGAUAGUUCCACCGUCCAACAUCGAUAACUUCAGACAUAAUGGAUUGUUAAGCACGACCGUUCGUCGUGCUUUUCUAAUUUCGAACAGUAAAAGGGUAAUCCUCAGUAGGAUUUUUAAUCGUGUCCGCUUAACACUCAUAUGAGUGUUAGUAUAACGGUGACUCUAAGUUGAAAUCUGAGGUGAUAUGAGUUAACCGAUAUUUUGACUUUCAACGCUAUUUGGUCGAGGGAUGAUCCCCCUCCCUUCCCCCUUUAGAAAUAAUAGGAUCAUCACAACAUCGGUUAGCUACAUGUACAGCACUACAAGGUGACACCCCGUUCGCGUACCCUGAAUUUCAAACAAUAAAACGAAGACCAUGGUAAGACUUUUAAACGUGCCCGAACAUUCACGCAAAUGUUAGAAAAACGGUGAUUCUACUUUAAAAUUUGCAAGGUAAUCUAAUCGGAUUUUCGAGCAAAUAAAAUCAAGUCCUCGAUAAGACUUUUAUAAAUGCACCCGCCAACAUCCACGCAUUUGUCCGCCGACACGCGCGCGAGUGUUCUCCUUAUCUUUCCCUCGUGUAAAAAUCGAUGAAUGAAUCUAUCCCUCGAAGAUAUCUGGAAAAAAGAAGAAAAAAAAAAAAAAAUUAAAACACAGAAAAAAAUGAAGAAGAGAAAAAGUGAAAAUAUGAGAUAGAAAAGAAA